AUGUCGGCGCCACUGGUCAAGGUGCUACACCGAUUGCAAGAGUUGUUCCAUAACGUGGUCACCGCACUCGAAACCAUGAUCCUAUUCCCCUCACUCUUCCGUGGCCUUUCGCGACGCCGCCGAAAGACUUUCCUCGGCGCCCAUUGGAAACGCCGCAGCCUAGACAACUUCGCCGAAGAAGUAGAAACCUCGUGCUCAACGCCGCUGUCAACACACAACAUGGUCAACAUGUCCGAGAAGAUUCGUGCACAGAUCCGAGAAUGUUUACAAACUAGCCCAUGCUGCAUGCUUCCAUCCUACGAUACCGCGCUUCCCGCUGGCUCGGAAAAGGGCACAUAUCUGGCAUUGGACGUGGGCGGAUCGACGUUUCGCGUAGCUUUGAUUGAGUUGAAUGGCCGGGAUGAGGAGCUGCGCAUCUUGAAAGUAUCAUCGGUAUACAUCGACGAACAACUCAAGAUGCUGGAAGGGACACAAUUUUUCGACUGGAUGGCAGGGCAGAUUGAAACUGUCCUGCAAGAAGUUGGAACAGACUACGGGCGUGGCGACGUACCGCUGGUGGUGGGGUUGUCCUGGUCUUUCCCCAUUGAACAGACCUCGCACAGCAGCGGAUUGGUGCUCCCCAUGGGUAAGGGAUUCAAGGCCUCCAAUGGCACUGUAGGCAAGGAACUGGGUGAUAUCCUUAUCCAGUCAUGCCGCAAGCGCAAUCUGAACGUAGAGGUUGCCGCUAUCCUGAACGACAGCUCGGCAGCUCUACUCUCGCGUGCCUACGUCGAUCCCAAGACCCGCAUGUCUCUCAUUUUGGGUACCGGUACCAACAUGGCGAUUCACUUCCCGGUGCACGAGAUUGGAAUGUCCAAGUUUGGAGUGCGUCCCGAGGGCUGGUUCGACCACGCCAAGCAUGUUCUGAUCAAUACAGAGAUGAGUAUGUUUGGCGGAGGCGUGCUGCCUAUGACACGGUGGGAUGACAUACUGAACAGCGCCCAUCUGCGUCCCGACUACCAGCCGCUCGAGUACAUGAUUACAGGUCGAUACCUGGGCGAGAUUGUGCGUUUGAUCAUCGUCGAGGCUACCGAGAGUGCCCGCCUGUUCGGCGGCGAGUUACCACACUCCAUGUGUGAACCCUAUUCAUUCGACACAAGCAUCGUCGCCUGCCUCGAGGAAGACUCCUCUGCCUCCCUUUCCACCGCCGCCGCGCUCCUGCAAAAGCAGCAUACCUUCCACAAACAACCCUCCGUCGAGGACCUGCGAUUCCUGCGUCGCAUCUCCCAGACAGUCUCCCGCCGUGCUGCUGGCUACCUGGCGACAGCCAUCCACAGUAUGUGGUGCCUCCGCAACGAGGUGGAAUUCCCCGCGACCCCAUCCACCGUCGACUCUCUCGAUAAGGAAUCACCCGCAAUCACCGUCAUCGAAAACGGAGACUCGGACAAGAGCCUUUCCAUCGCUUGCGACGGCGCUGUCAUCAACAAGUAUCCUGGCUUCCGCGCUGCCUGCCAGAACUAUCUGAAUGAGCUGGCGGAGGCAACCUACCCGGGCGCCGGAUGCUCCAUUCGCCUCAACCCUGCGCCUGAAAGUGCCAUUCUCGGCGCCGCAGUCGCAGUGGCUGUGUCCGUUGCUGGGAACUCCACUCAGCACUAA